CGCACUCCUUCCCGCGUAAAUUGACGCGAAGUGUUGUUCUCCGCAUGUAUUCAUACACCAUCACUUCGACAUGAUACCUUCUGUGGAAGUACGGAAUGCCUGCUUGAAAAGGUACGAUGAAGCUCUCGAUCUGAAAAAUGCAAAGAGCUUACCGAAGCUCGACAAAUGGUACAGGAUAGAAUUGCGAGAUGAAGUCAAUAAACGAGCAAAGUCAAAAUCCGGUCCUUACAUUACACUUGAUGAACUUGUCAAUCUGGUCGGAUGGAAGACUACUAGAGGUAAAUUUCGACCAACACUUAAAGGCCUUGCACGGAGAAACACCGAAGAAGAAGUCCGUCAAAUUUCCAAAGAAGGAUUCGAAUUCCUUCAACAGUCACCCGAGAAUGACAUCACAGUUGCACGAUCAGCGAUAGACAUAGUUAGUAAACUCAAAGGUGUUGGGCCAGCAACUGCAUCUGCAUUGCUUGCAUUGUUCAAGCCGAAAACGUUCCCAUACAUGUCCGAUGAAGCUUUGUUAUACGGAACAGGCUUGACUGAUAAACCAAAAUAUACGCCUAUCGAAUAUCAAAAGAUGACGGUGCAUAUUGAUGAUCAGAUACGAAAUGGCAAAGAGCAACCCUGCUUGGAAGAUGCCGAACAAUUCGAGAAAGCAGUUUGGGCGUAUGGUAUUCUGAAGCUAAAUGAUAAGCUGAAUGAGGAUGAGAAACCAACAGAGGCGGCAACCACCAAGCGGAAAUCUCCUGAACCCAAAGAAGAGACACCCACGGCACCCUCGACAAAGACGAAAAGAAAGAGGACCCGAUGAUGUAUUAAGAAGACAAAAUCUUCAUGUACACUAUUCAAAUCACGCAAUGUUUUACGUUCCAGAUGUAUCAUAUUAUUUUGGUGAUUAUAACAGAAUGCAAUGCGAACAGAGCGAUGAAAAGGGUUGGAAAUUGUUUUGUAUAAAGAACCGAACCAAUGCA